CUGCCCUAAAUAAACGAGCUAGCCUGGUUGAAGCUAAUGAUUUCUUUUGUGUGUUCAGUCUUUCCACCAUCUAAACAAAUCAGAGGAAAAAUAUCUAAUUGUUGUUCAUGUCGUCCGACACUGGUGCUUCUUCCUGCACUGACUCAACGCAGUUUGCAGAUGACAGCUGGAGGCCGUUUUACGUGACGGGGGAUCUGUUCUCCUGCCCCGCGGAUGAUGCCCUGGCCCACUGCAUUAGUGAGGACUGCCGCAUGGGGGCAGGCAUAGCUGUCAUGUUCAAGCAGAGGUUUGGAGGGGUGUCAGAGCUGAAGGAGCAGA